CAGUGUCCUGAGUCCGCUCAGGUCCAAACACAGUCAUAACAGCGAUGCAUCCGGAUGAGUCCAUGCCUCUGUCUGGAUAGGAGCGUUAAUUUCCAUUGAAGCACAAGAACUGCACAGGACGCAUAAGAGUUUUAGAUUCACUACAGUGGCCCGGAAAAGAGAGCUUUUGUCUGCAGAACCUCUUAAGCCCAUCUGACUUGGUCCAGUCCCAGAUCGCCCCUCACUUGACCUCCUGAUGCCGAAGAACAGUAAAGUGACGCAGAGGGCGCAAAGCCAUGAACAUGUGACUGAAUCUGUGGCCGAUCUACUCGCUCACGAAGAGCCACUGGACUAUAAGAACAGCUCUCUGAAUGUUUCUGGGAAGAAGGUUCCUCAGAUACAAGUCCCAGAUAAUGAGGAGCGUCCCGCCUGGAACAGCAAACUGCAGUACAUUCUGGCCCAGGUCGGAUUUUCUGUAGGACUCGGUAAUGUGUGGCGCUUCCCCUAUUUGUGUCAGAAAAAUGGAGGAGGAGCAUACCUGGUGCCGUAUUUUAUCCUACUCCUCGUUAUUGGGAUUCCACUGUUCUUCCUUGAGCUGGCUGUGGGACAGAAGAUCCGCAGAGGGAGCAUUGGUGUCUGGAACUACGUCUGUCCUCGUUUGGGUGGGAUUGGGAUGUCCAGCCUGAUGGUGUGUGGAUUUGUUGGGCUAUACUAUAAUGUUAUCAUCGGUUGGAGCAUCUUUUACUUCUUCCAAUCAUUCCAGUAUCCUCUGCCUUGGAGCGACUGUCCAAUAAGGAGGAAUGGCACACUUGCCAUUGUGGAACCAGAAUGUGACAAAAGCUCAGCCACCACUUAUUUCUGGUACCGUCAGACUCUGAACACCACAAGCACAAUCGCAGAGAGUGGAGGACUCAACGUGAAGAUGACUCUGUCUCUGCUUGUGGCCUGGAUCAUCGUCUGUCUGGCUGUCAUUAAAGGGAUUGCCUCAUCCGGGAAGGUAGGGCAU